CCCUGCAUCGUUUCGAAGCAGCAAUGGAGGGGCAUGGGACGACCCAAGAUGUGGCGGCGGACGAGAGGGAGAUGCUGUCGCCGGCGUUGUCCCUCAGGAGCCCCUCGGACUACACCAUCGGCUCCAUCCCCACCGUUCUCUACGUCCCCGACUUCAUCUCCCAGGCUGAGCACUCCCAGCUCCUCCAUCAUAUUUACCAGGCGCCGGCGCCCAAGUGGAAGACUCUGAAGAACCGGCGGCUGCAGAACUGGGGAGGAGUGGUGCACGAGAAGGGGCUACUGCCGCAGGCAUUACCUCCAUGGCUGACAAAGAUAACCGACAAAAUCUGCCAGUGGACUGGUUUAUUUCCUUCAGCAAUCAAUCAUGUUCUAAUUAAUGAGUAUCAUCCUAAUCAAGGGAUCAUGCCACACCAAGAUGGUCCUGCCUAUUUCCCUGUUGUUGCUAUCAUAUCCCUUGCUUCGCCGGUUGUGAUUGAUUUCACACCCCAUGGAAAGCUCAGAGGGCACGAAGAUACAUAUCUCCAAACUGUACAAUCCGAUGAAUUGCAGGAGAGUAAUGGUUCCUAUAAGGUUGAAGAAACUAAAGAAGCCGAUCCUGCUUCUUUGUCACUUCUACUAAUGCCUUCCAGCCUGUUAAUAUUCAAAGAUCAGGCUUAUACAGACUUUCUGCACGGUAUACAAGAUAAUGAGCUACAUAUUCUAGACAAGGUUGCAAAUAUCUCGCAGUGCCCACAAUUCAAGAAUCAAAACUCUGAUUACAGAAAAGGUAAAGCAGAUGCUGACUCUGAGCUAACUGGCACCUUCCAGCGGACGACGACUAGAGUCUCGUUGACAUGCCGGCUUGUGCUGAAAGUACACAAUAAGCUAUUCAAAUUCUAGUAUCCAUACGGCCUGCUUACAUCAGCAUGGACGGUGGGACAACAGUGAGAAACAGUUGUAGUAGAUGCAGAGAAGUGCUAGCAAAUCAGAGGUUAGAGAAAACGCCACAUUGCCCAUUUUGGAUCGGUUGUCUUUUGGUCG